CUUGCAAUAUUGGUUGUCCGCUGAACUGAAAUCACCUCAACAUUAACUUGACAGCGUACUGACACUUCCAACAUCUUGAAAUUCUUUUUCACCGAUACUCAUCUCUGGAGAGACACGUUGAGGAAGAACUCACGAAAUGCAGAUUUUCGUUAAGACCCUUACGGGCAAGACCAUCACCCUCGAGGUCGAGCCGUCAGACACGAUCGAGAAUGUGAAGGCCAAGAUCCAGGACAAGGAAGGCAUCCCGCCAGAUCAGCAGCGUUUGAUCUUCGCUGGCAAGCAGCUGGAGGAUGGUCGCACUCUGUCCGACUACAACAUCCAGAAGGAGUCCACUCUUCACCUGGUGCUGCGCCUUCGGGGUGGUAUCAUUGAACCCUCGCUGCGUAUUCUGGCCCAGAAGUAUAACUGCGACAAGAUGAUCUGCCGCAAGUGUUACGCUCGGCUGCACCCGAGGGCCACCAACUGCCGCAAGAAGAAGUGCGGACACACCAACAAUCUGCGCCCCAAGAAGAAGCUAAAGUAGAGCUUUGGUUGGGCUGUUGGAGUGGAAAAAAGUGUCGGAUGGCGAAACGAUUUGCGCGUCUGUGUUGGGAUAUGUUCAAGCGAAUUGAAGAGGAAAUGUUUCUUCAAGUUAAAGUAAGAAAUAAAAGGAAAUGUUCUUGAAUGUAA